GUGGGAGCUAAUCAUGUUACACAACAGGAAGAGAAGGAGCAGGAAGCAGAAGAGUUCUGUGAAAGACGGUUGGACCCGUUCAGAACCUUUAACAAAAAGCAGAAGUGGGCGGAACUCCGAGGUGGAACUGGACCUUAAAAGGUGAUUUAUGAAUCCGAACCGCUGCAGCUGAGCUCGGCUGCUUCCUUCGCAUAAAGAGGCUCCUUGUUCCUCCCAGAGACGGAACCAGCAGCGUCCAGGAGCCGCUGAGGACACAGAGACAGAGGGACAGACAGGGAUCCCGCUCGAUUUGCCACAACAUUAUGUCUAUUAUUAAACAAGAUGUCCCGGCUCAUCAUUUUAUCCUCAACCAAAAAGAGAUUGCUGUUCUGGACCAGAGGGAAACUGAAUCUCUAAAAACCAGAGGAACAGCAGAGGAACCAGAACUUACACAAGUAAAAGAAGAAGAGUUUGGAUCAGAACCUCUGCAGAUUGUAAGAAAAGAAGACCACAUGAUACUAAAGCAAGAGACCGAUACCCUAAUUGAAACAGUUUCUGGAUCUCUUGAAAUAAAAGAAGAACCAGAGGAACUAGAACUGAAACAAAUAAAAGACGAUGAUUGUCACUCAGAAUAUCGGCAGAUGGUAAAGAUUGAGGCUGAAGGCAUCAGUCAGGAUGAAAAUCAAGAUGCAUUGAAGCAGGAGACUGAUACCUUAAUGAGAACACAUUCUGGGUCUCUUAUAAUCAAAGAGGAACCAGUAGAACUUGAACCUAAACAAGUGAAGAAGGAGGAGCAUGGAUUAGGACUGCAGCAGGUGCCAAAAAAGGGGGGUAAUGGCAUCAUUCAGUGUGAAAACCAGGGUGUACUGAAGCAGGAAAAUGAUCCCUUAAUAUUAUUGGCUUCUGAUGCAACAGACCCCAAAAAACCUGAACUAAUAGAAAACCAAAUCAUCUUUCAGAACUUCCCUACAGCGGAGCAUCAACAGAAGGUAAAGACUUACGGAGCCUCACGAUCCAGUACAGAUGAACAGCAACAGAAGAGCGCUCAAAAAACCAGAGGUCAAAGAAACAAUGUAAGGAGAGGGAUGAAGAACAAGAAAAAUCACAGAGGGAAAAAAUGUAUACAGUGUGAAGUGUGUAGGAAGAGUUUCAAGGUCAGUUGGUAUUUAACAGUUCACAUGAGAAUUCACACAGGAGAGAGGCCUUUCUCUUGUGUAACUUGUGGGAAGAGUUUUAGUCAAAAAAGUAACUUAUCUACUCACCAGAGAGCUCAUACUCAUGAGAAACCUUUCUCAUGUAUAACAUGUGGAAAAUGUUUUAGUCAAAGUAGUAGUUUGAAUGAGCACAUGAGAGCUCAUACAGGAGAGAAGCCUUUCUCAUGUGUAACCUGUGGAAAAUGUUUCAGUCAGAGUCAUAGUUUGAAUAGGCACAUUAGAGCUCAUACAGGAGAAAGGCCCUUCUCAUGUGAAAUUUGUGGAAAAACUUACAUUCAGAAAAUUCAUUUGAAAAGCCACAUAAGAAGUCAUACAUUUGAGAGACCUUUCUCAUGUGUAACCUGUGGGAAGAGUUUUGGUCGAAAAACUCACUUAUCUACUCACCUGAGAGCUCAUACUGGUGAGAGACCUUUCUCAUGUGUAACCUGUGGGAAAAGUUUUGGUCGAAAAACUCACUUAUCUACUCACCUGACAGCUCAUACAGGCGAGAGACCUUUCUCAUGUGAAAUCUGUGGGAAUAGUUUUGGUCGAAGAAGUCACUUAUCUUCUCACAUGAUCGCUCAUACAGGAGAGAAGCCUUUCUUAUGUGCAAUUUGUGGAAAAAGUUUCAAUCAAAAUUUUAAUUUGAAUAGCCACAUGAGAACUCAUACAGGUGAGAAGCCUUUCUCAUGUGUAAUCUGUGGGAAGUGUUUCAGUCGUAGAAGUAACUUAUCUUCUCACAUGAGAUCUCAUACAUCAGAGAAGUCUUUCUCAUGUUUAAACAAUUGAAAAGAUUUUAAUUGACCUAAUUUAAUUAGCUACUUGAGAAGUCAAACAGUUCAGAAGACUGUCUCAUGUUUAACCUGUAAAUAAGGUUUCAUAAAGUAUUUAGGCUUUCCAUGUUAGAAACCGGUAGAGCGCAUGGUCCAUGUAUGGAAACUUUCAUCCCAUUUCCUCUCUGCCUACUUUUAAAGAAAAAUUAUACAAUAAAGGCCACUAGUUCUGCUGAGCAAAUAUUGUUACAGGACACAUCAGAUCAUAUUAAGAAAACCAGAGAAUAAAUCAAAGACAAACAUACUGCUCUGGAAGCCUUAGAGCUCUUGAACUUCUAUAACUAUUAACUGUCUCGUAUAGGUAAAAUAUUUUCAGAUGGAUUUAGAGAAAUCCAGCAGAGAACCUUUGGGCUGCAGUGAAUUCUGUAUUCCCAUUUAUCAGCCCUUUAAUUAAAUAUUAUCACUGCUUUAAAAGCAUCAAUAUCAGUUCAUCUCUGACAGCCUGCUGGGUUUAUCUCAACAUAAAUACGUCUUCAAUUCUCCCUUUUUCACAUGGAAGAGUAAAGUCAUUGAGAAUACACUUGAUGGAAAAUACUGGAUAUCGUAAAAUUUUAGUAGAAGCAACUGUCAUCAAUUUAAAAACAUUUUUUAAAAACCAUCAACGAGAAACCAUCAUCCAGUCCAGAGUCAAGAUUAAUCAACUCAGCACUGACAUUCCAUCAUCAUAACCAACUUCUUUGAACUCAAGCUGUCAGCUACCUUCAGCAUUUCUAUAAAGCUUUCUAAGGUAUAUUUCGUAUUUCCAAACUCUGAAUGAGAAAUUGAUCUUUCUAUCAACACAGAUUCAGUCUGUUGAAGUAAUUCAGUUCAAUUCAGUUUAUUUAUAUAGCGCCAAUUCACAACACAUGUCAUCUCAAGGCUCUUCAUAAAGUAAGGUUCAUACAUUCCAAUUAAUCCUAA